AUGAAUGCAUUCAACUUUAUACUAGCAGCUCUAGUGGGCGCUACGACGAUCUAUGCCACUCGGGAAUCAUACAAGCCAGAUCCUAUAAUUUUGUGUUCAACUAAUCAUCAUUGCCCUGACAACUGGCCUUGCUGUUCACAGUAUGGGCAAUGUGGACGUGGUCCGCUGUGCAUGGGUGGUUGUGAUCCCCGAUCCUCCUACAGUUUCAAUAGUUGCGCUGUAAUUCCAGCCAUGUUUCCAAUAAUGGGGUUUCAGUACAAUACAAAUGAGGUACAAGCUGCGCACUUGCGAAUGGGUGAUAUGACCCCGGCCUUGGCUUUGUCGUUUGCCAAAUUAAGUGGGAAAGUCGCUCUGCAAGAUCAUUCUGUAGUUGAAAAUAUGGCCCUCAGUGGACACGGCUUGCUUCAUUAUUCGGAGGCGUCAGACAAUACUAUCAAUAUCGAUGACUACGACUUUACUUACAGCGGCCAUUUAGAGAUUAAGGAAAUUGAGUCCGAUCCUGCAUUGGUUUUGGCAAUGCCUCCCGGAACGACGGGGAGCCUGUUAUCGUCCACCAAAUCAUUCUUGUACGGAAGAGUAGCUGUAGAAAUGAAAACAGCACCCGGAGUUGGAGUCAUUACGGCUUUUGUGUUAAUGUCUGCUGUGAAAGAUGAAAUAGACUAUGAGUUUUUGGGCGGUGAAGUGAACAACGCCCAAUCGAACUACUAUUAUCGUGGAGAGCUCAUCCACACCCGUAUGCUCAAGACCCCCAUCAAUCCUGAUAGUGAUAGAAAGUACCAUGUGUACGAACUCGAUUGGGAUGAGGAUCGAAUUCAGUGGUGGAUCGACGGUUCCAUAGUGCGGACCUUGUACCGAGGCGAAACCUUCGAUCCCGUGAACAGAGUAUACAAAUAUCCAUCCACGCCGAUGCGACUGGAGCUUGCUAUAUGGCCUGGCGGGCUGGAGGGAAACGACCUCGGCACGGUGAUGUGGGCAGGUGGAUUGAUCGACUGGAAGAACUCUGCAGAUAUUGUGGAAAAAGGCCGAUUUGAGAUGAUUGUCAAGAGUGUUAAGAUAACGCCUUAUGUGAAUGCAUAUGUGCAGCAUUUGGAACCAGCUGAAUCCAGGUUUCCCAGCGAGGAUGUUUUCUAUUAUUUCUACGACCCUGAAUGCGACGGGUGCGUCCGCAUAACGAGCCUCAUGACUUUCGCCCAGCAAGAACUUCACACCAACAGCGCUUCAGUACCUUCUGUGUCAUUACUAUCCACCCUAUAUUCCACCAGACCCAGUAGUUAUACCACGGUUAGCAGCGUCACACAAAUUGUCACUAGUGCCUAUACCUCAAAACUUAGUGCCACUCGACAGGAGAACUCCGCCAUAGUGCUACGGAAGCAAAGCUUGAUUUUUAAGUUACUAAGCUGGGUAUUGUAG